AUGCAGACCAACCUUCCAGCCGCUAAAGCAAGUCGCAUUUGGUUAGUUGUAGAGGAUGAUGCUCUAAUUGGAUUGUAUUUAGAAAUAAGUGAAUGUGCGAUUGCAAGCACAAACCAAAAAGCAUCUGAGCUUUGGCGAAAAAUACAUGAGGCACAUAACAACACUCAAAAGGAGAAGCCGCAUAUACUCUCGCCAAGAGCUUUGAAGAGUUUGGAGUCGCAUUGGAGAAGAAUGGCAGCAGAUAUACUACAGUGGCAAUCUUGCUAUGAGGAAGUGGCUAAACUUCUGGAAAGUGGAAGUGGUUACAACGAAGUUGACCAAAUUAAAAAUGCAUCCAAGUUGUUUCAUAUCUCUACUGGUCACAAUUUUACUUUUCCUCACGAAGUUGAAAUUGUUAAGGAUGAUCCAAAGUGGAGGACAAAGCUAAGAUGGGCUUUGUCAAAUGAGGAAAGAAAGGCUUGUGGUGCUAAUGACGAGGAAGAUAAUAGUGGAAGUGGUAAAAGGUCUAGGGCUGAAGUUGGGGAUGAAGCCCCUAAUGACGGUUUCUCGUCAGGAGGUCUACCACGACCCAACGAUGUAAAAAAAAGCAAAGGCUAA